CUCGCAGUUGUCGCAACCAAGAGACGCCAUCAGGGAUCGCGGAGGAGAUCGGUGAUCGGAGAUCUGGGAUUCGGUUGCGGGCUCGGUCAAUCCGAAAUAUAGUGUCCCUGGCCACGGCUCUAAUUAAAUAUAUUCUGUUUACCAUAAAUAAUUUACAAGAACAUCAAACGCAUCAUAAUCGACGAGCAAAAAAAAACAGAGUCCAAAAGUGCAAUGUCUGUCUGUGAUUAGAAGUUUCUAUUGUUUUCCCCACACCAGAAACUACGAUUGUCUAAAGCUUUAAAUAAUAACAACAAUGAUGUGCAAUGUAACAAUUAAAAGUGAUGCAAAAUAAAAAUAUUUCUAAAAUAUUUACAAGGUGAUAAUCAAAGCAUUUUUGAAUGCAAUGCUAAUAAAAAUGAAUAAAAGUCGGACCUAGCCUGCAAAGGAUCUAAACAUAUUGGAUUUAAAACGAAAACCCAUUUAAGUGCGCCUCAUGGUAAUGGCCGUGAUUUUGUUGCUGGCCUUGGCACUUUUACUCGGCUUCUACUGCGUUCUCCACCGGCAAAAAUUGGCCGAGAUCUAUCUGCGGCCUCUUUUGAAGAACACGCCCUUGGAGGACUGCUACCAUGCCGCGCCAAUCGAACCGGAGGCGCCGAGGCGAAGGAGGCGUGGCAUCUGGGAUAUACCCGGUCCGCAGAGGAUCCCCUUCCUGGGCACCAAGUGGAUAUUCUUGCUCUUCUUCCGCCGCUACAAGAUGACCAAGCUGCACGAGGUAUAUGCGGAUCUCAACAGACAAUAUGGCGACAUUGUGCUGGAGGUGAUGCCCUCCAACGUGCCAAUUGUGCAUCUGUACAACCGCGAGGAUCUGGAGAAGGUGCUGAAGUACCCCAGCAAGUAUCCAUUCCGACCGCCCACCGAGAUCAUCGUGAUGUACCGGCAAUCCCGACCAGAUCGCUAUGCCAGUGUGGGAAUCGUGAACGAACAAGGACCAAUGUGGCAGAAGCUGCGAUCCUCGCUCACCUCCAGUAUAACUUCGCCCAGGGUGCUGCAGAAUUUCCUGCCCGCCUUGAAUGCGGUUUGCGAUGAUUUCAUGGAACUGCUGAGAGCCAGAAGGGAUCCCGACACCCUGGUGGUGCCCAACUUCGAGGAGCUGGCCAAUCUGAUGGGUCUGGAGGCCGUGUGCACCUUGAUGUUGGGCAGGAGAAUGGGUUUCCUGGCUGUGGACACCAAACAGCCGCAGAAGAUCAGCCAACUGGCAGCCGCUGUGAAACAGCUUUUCAUCUCGCAAAGGGAUUCCUACUACGGUUUGGGCUUGUGGAAGUACUUUCCCACCAAAACGUACAGGGAGUUCGCGAAGGCCGAGGACUUGAUCUAUGAUGUGAUCUCCGAGAUCAUCGAUCACGAGCUGGAAGAACUCAAGAAAUCAGCCGCCUGCGAGGACGACGAGGCUGCUGGUCUGCGGAGUAUCUUUCUCAAUAUUCUGGAGCUCAAGGAUCUGGAUAUUCGAGACAAGAAGUCCGCCAUUAUAGACUUUAUAGCUGCGGGCAUAGAAACGUUAGCCAACACCUUGCUGUUUGUGCUGAGUAGUGUGACUGGGAGUCCUGAAGCCCUACCUCGCAUCCUGAGUGAGUUUUGCGAGUAUCGGGAUACGAAUAUCCUGCAGGAUGCUCUGACAAAUGCCACGUACACCAAGGCCUGCAUACAGGAGUCCUACAGACUGAGGCCCACGGCCUUUUGUCUGGCCAGGAUUCUGGAGGAGGACAUGGAGCUUUCGGGUUAUUCGCUGAAUGCAGGGACCGUGGUGUUAUGUCAGAAUAUGAUCGCCUGCCACAAGGACAGCAACUUCCAGGGAGCCAAGCAGUUUUGCCCAGAGCGUUGGAUCGAUCCUGCCACGGAGAAUUUCACGGUGAAUGUGGACAGUGCCAGCAUUGUGGUGCCCUUCGGAGUGGGUCGUAGAUCGUGUCCGGGAAAGCGCUUUGUGGAAAUGGAAGUGGUGCUGCUGUUAGCCAAGAUGGUCCUGGCCUUCGAUGUGAGCUUCGUGAAGCCCCUGGAAACGGAGUUUGAGUUUCUGUUGGCUCCCAAAACCCCACUUAGUCUGAAGCUCAGCGAUCGGGUUUUUUGAUCGUCUGCAGAAGCUGAAAACUGAUUCACAAGCCCUGCCUACUCUCAAGCGUUUUGUAUUAAAUACAACUAAAAAAGCUAAGAACUGAACCAUUAAGUGAAAUUAAUGUAAAAUAUGCUUAGGACUCUACUCUAUAUAUAUCCUAUAUUUCCGAUGACCCAGCAUCAGCAGCCUAGUCCUGUGAAGCAAUCAAAACAAGAGCAAUACCAAUCAAAAUAAUUUUACAUAUUUAUGCUGACUGGAUGGUAGAAUUAGUUGUACAUUUUCAUGUUUUGUUGUAAUUACUUAGUUGUCGAUUCUUCGCAUAAUUAUUGUUAGUUGUAUCUUAUAAGUAGCAGCAAUUGUUUUUGAGAGUUCUGUAAACGGAAAGACUGUGUUUAAGUUUUGUUUUUCAUGAUUUUAACAGUUUUUACACCUUUUUUUGUAAAUAGUUUCACUUACCUGUCACUAGACUUGUGUACAGCAUAAUUUUAAUUGUAUUUAUUCAAGUGUCCCAACUGCUUACGUUUUUAUUUCAUCUCUACAUCUGUGAAUAUUUUUGUUAAAAGAAAAACAAUAUUCAAAUAAAAUAAAUU